AAUCUUCCCGAGUCAAUAUAGCCGAGAUUAUGGAGCACUUAGAGGAGUGCAAUCGAUCCCUUCGAGCUUCAGUGGCUCCCAUUCCCGAAAAAGAUGAUAUCGAGUCCCUUGCUACACCCUCUCUACCAUUGGAGCACCCAUCGGUUGGCCAACCUUGCACAUUGAGCUCCGAAGCUUCAUUUCCAACCAUGGGUGCGCCUUCCGAACGUCACCAAGAGGUUUUGGCGAGCACUCAAGAAGCACUCGCGAGCCUCGCGUCGAUCAUUGAGGAAUUUCAUA